GUUCCCUCUCUCAGCAGUUAGUGAGGCAGAGAAAGGUGCGGGCAGGAGUGUGUGAGGAGGAGUCGGGCGGCACUGGGCCAGCGAUAGUGUGGGACAGUCAGUCAGUCGCAGCGUUUGAGGCGCAGAGAGAGCUCAAGUCUCAGCUGAGAGUGCGGCACCUUGUUCUUUUCCAGAGGAUUUAUUGAUUCCAUUGGUGGAUUCAGACUGUUCUGGGCCUGGAUAGUACUCGAUACACGGUGUCCCCCAAUCUUUUUGGAUCCUGAAUAUGUCCAACAAUGCUUUGGUGAUUGAAGACAAGCCCCCGCCUCCACCCAUGAGGAUCAACAGCACCAUAGGCGGGGGCAAUACAAACGAUUGGAAUUUUGGGACUAAACCUCUGUCUACGAACCAAGAAGAAAAGGAAAAGAAAAAGAAAAAGGGGCAAAAAAAUAACAAAAAGGACAAAAAAGACCGGUUGGAGAUAUCCAGUCCGUUUGGCUAUGAGCAUAUCUAUCACGUGGGGAUUGACCCAGCUACCGGAGAAUUUACUGGAAUGCCAAAUCAGUGGGCCCGGCUCCUGAAGCAUGCAAACAUCAGUAAAAUUGAUCAGAAGAAGAACCCACAGGCUGUUCUGGACGUACUGAAUUUCUACAGCUCUGAGACGACAUCCAAGAGCCAAAAAUACAUGAGCUUCACAGAUAACUCUAGGGAGGCGUACGAUUCCAUUGCCAUCUUGGGUGAGGAUGCAAAUCCUGUGUCUGAAGCAGCAGAGGUCCCUCCUGUGCCUGAAGCUGAAGAUGGUGAAGUUGCCCCUGCUUUUCCCCCACGUCCUGAACACACAAAAUCAAUAUACACACGCUCUGUUAUUGAGCCUCCAGUCCCACCACUGGCAGCAAAAUCAUCUGCAGAAAAUGGCACUUCGGCCACGGAUGGAGCAGAAAGCAGCGUAGACAAGACAAAGAAGAAGCCCAAGAUGACAGACGAGGAGAUCUUAGAGAAGCUGAGAAGCAUAGUAAGUGUAGGAGACCCAAAGAAAAAAUACACAAGAUUUGAGAAGAUUGGACAGGGGGCGUCUGGGACUGUUUAUAUUGCCGUGGACGUGGCCACUGGCCAAGAGGUGGCGAUCAAGCAGAUGAAUUUGCAGCAGCAGCCGAAGAAAGAGUUAAUUAUCAACGAGAUCCUUGUAAUGAGGGAAAACAAACACCCGAACAUUGUGAAUUACCUGGAUAGUUACUUGGUUGGGGAAGAGCUGUGGGUGGUGAUGGAAUAUCUAGCAGGUGGAUCUCUCACUGAUGUUGUCACAGAGACCUGUUUGCAAGAGGGCGAGAUUGCAGCAGUGUGCAGAGAGUGUCUUCAGGCUCUGGAAUUUCUACAUUCAAACCAAGUGAUACAUCGGGAUAUUAAGAGCGACAAUAUUCUCCUGGGGAUGGACGGCGCUGUGAAACUGACUGAUUUUGGGUUCUGCGCACAGAUUACACCAGAACAGAGUAAACGCAGUACUAUGGUGGGCACUCCAUAUUGGAUGGCUCCUGAAGUGGUGACCCGUAAAGCCUAUGGGCCAAAAGUGGACGUUUGGUCUCUGGGCAUCAUGGCUAUUGAAAUGGUGGAGGGGGAACCCCCUUACUUGAAUGAAAAUCCUCUCAGGGCACUGUACCUUAUUGCUACCAAUGGAACUCCAGAGUUGCAGCAACCAGAGAAGCAGUCGUCUGCAUUUAGAGACUUCCUGAGCCGGUGCCUUGAGAUGGAUGUUGAAAAGAGAGUUUCAGCCAGGGAUCUCCUACAGCACCCGUUCCUGAAGAUCGCCAAACCUCUGUCAAGCCUCACACCGUAUAUAAUUACAGGAAAGCAAAUAGCAAAAGGCGGUCACUGAGUGAAGUCACAGGAGCACUUCUGGUACUACACUUACACCUCCUCUCUUUUUAUUCCCCCCAAUAUCUCCAGGCUGCUGGGCACCUGAACAAAUAAAACUUAUAAUAUAAAUGCUGGUUUCAAUUCAUGAAUUCUGCUGGGUCUGGUUCUGGACUUUUAGAAAAAGGACUCUAAAUUGUUUAUUUGUAGCAACAAAAUUGUUUCUUUAAUGAUGUAUUUUUACAGCUCGGAGCCUUGGCGAUGUUGAUCAGAAUAAAUUAAAGCUUCUUUUUGUCCAUGUA